AACGAGGAGCUGGAGGAGAUCGCCUCGGCCGACCUGAAGUACCUGCUGCUGCCCGCCUUGCUGGGCGCCCUGACACUGAAGCAGGUCGACCUCAGCAGGAGGCUGGAGCACCUGGAGAGCGCUCGGGCUCACUUCUGGCGCUUCCUCAAGCUCUGUAGGAGCUACGGGCUGGGCAGCUUCCACCUGCCCCCGGCCAGCGCCCCAGGGGCGGAAGGUGCCGGGAGCCCAGCCCCCGGGAACCCGGCUGCCACCCAGCCCAGCCUGGUGGCCAUGGCGGCGAGUAGGCAAGCCAAAAUUGAAAGAUAUAAGCAGAAGAAGGAACUGGAGAACAGGUUGGCAUCUAUGAGAACCUUUGUGGAGAGCGAGCAAGCAGAUGAGGAGCAGAUACGGGAAUUUUACAUACUCCAGAUCCAGAAAUGGAUCACCACCAGCCUUGAGGAGAUUGAGAGUAUUGACCAAGAGACGGUCAUCCUGAGGAGCAGGGGUACGGCGAAACAGUCUUCAGCACCACCACACGGUACUUCUCGGCAAGUCAGGCCUCCGUUGAAACCUUUCAUCCUUACCCGGGAUGCUGCUCAGGCUAAGGUGUUUGGUGCUGGAUAUCCUGGCCUGCCCACUAUGACCGUGGAUGACUGGUACGAGCAGCGCAGAAAGCAAGGAGUUGUGUCUGCUCAGAGUGUGCCUCGGAGGACGCCAGGUAUAACUGAUGAAGAGUUGCGGAAGCAGCAGCAGGAGAAAAAGGAGGAGGAGGAUGAUGAGGAAGCUCUUCAAAAAGCUCGGAACUGGGAUGACUGGAAAGAUACACACCCAAGAGGCUAUGGCAACCGGCAGAAUGUGGGCUGA